AUGGCUCCUAAUCAUGAUAUCGCUACUCGUGCACUUGUUGUUACUCUUAAAUCCGUUGCAGGAAAGUCAAAUAGUGAGGUCUGUUACCUUACAGGCCUUCCUGAGUCUACUGUUCGAAGUAUAUAUGCCAAAGCUAUCAAGAGAGGAUUUGAAUACAACGCCUCACAACCUAUUACUAUCUGCAACGCUCACCUUGAAGAUGCUCCUCGCUCGGGACGCCCUACUAAAGAAACCGAGGCUUGGACUCUUGAGGAUUGGAAGAAUGUUAUAUGGACAGAUGAGACCUCUGUAGUCCUUAAUCACCGCCGUGGAGGCUAUCGGAUCUGGAGGAAAUCUGAUGAAGCUUUUCUGCGCAGUACUAUACGUGAGAGGUGGAAAGGCUACUCUGAGUUCAUGUUCUGGGGGAGCUUCUCAUAUGACAAGAAAGGUCCUUGCCACUGUUGGCAACCUGAAUCAAGAAAGCAGAAGGAAGAAGCUCGUAAGGCUAUUGAGGCUCUUAACCAAGAGCUUGAAGCUGAGGCUAGAGCUGAGUGGGAACUGAAUACUGGAGUUAGAAGGCUAGGCCUACGUACGAAGCCUGGCAAGAAGCUAACUUGGAAAUUUACUGCAGAUACAGGUAAGCUUACUCGUAGUAAAGGAAAUGGUAUUGAUUGGUGGAGAUAUCGCGCUGAAAUAUUAAUACCUAAGCUUCUGCCUUUUGCUCAAGAGUGUAAGAAAGAGAGGCUAUAUACUCUCGUUCAAGAAGAUAAAGCUCCUUCUCAUGCGCAUCACUCACAACAGAAGGUCUUUAAUAUAUUUGAGGUAGCUAGGCUACUCUGGUGCGGUAAUUCACCUGAUCUUAAUGCAAUAGAGUGCUGCUGGCCAUAUAUGAAGAGGCUUACUACGAAAAAGGGAGCUCCAAGGAGUAAGGUUGAAGCUAUCAGAGCCUGGACGAAAGCUUGGGACGAGCUACCUCAGUGGAAGAUUCAAGAGUGGAUUGAAAGAAUACCAAUUCAUAUUCAAAAUAUCAUUAGAUUAGAAGGUGGCAAUGAAUAUAAAGAGGGUAGGAGAACAGGAAAGGGCACUGAGAGGGAGGCUACAGCUGUAAAGGCUAUCAAAAUUAAUGUAGAUAAUGAGUGGGAGGAUAUCAGUAAAUAAGCUGUCAAAACAGCAAAUGCCAAGACCUGCGGUGCGUCAGUGCGCUGCCUACCCCUGUCGCGAAGACUUUUGACGCGCUCCUCCGUACUACUAUUACUUGAGAAAUUUGGCCAGCAGGGUCUGUGGGAAUGUGCCAUGAUUGCUU